UUCUUCUUUUCUUCCUAAAUGGAUUGGAUCAGAGGACAAACCAUAGGCCACGGCUCCUCUGCUGCCGUCUGGGCCGCCAAAUCACGUUUCUCAGGUGAAGUUUUUGCUGUUAAGUCAGUGGAGCUAUCCCAGUCACAGUUAUUACAAAAGGAGCAGAAAAUUCUGUCCCAAUUGAGCUCCCCUUAUAUAGUUAGCUACAAGGGGUACGAUGUUACAAAAGAGAAGGACAAACUCAUGUUUAAUCUUAUGAUGGAGUAUAUGCCGGACGGCACACUUUCUGAUGAAAUUCGAAAACAGGAUGGUUGGGUUAACGAACCGUUGAUCGGGUAUUAUACGAAGCAAAUUGUACAAGGAUUAGAGUACUUACAUUCAAGGGGCAUAGCACACUGUGACAUUAAGGGGCAAAACAUUUUGUUAAGUAAAACCGGUGCCAAAAUCGCAGAUUUUGGUUGUUCCAGGUGGGUUGAUCCGGCGAACAGGGACGGUGGAAUUGGAGGAACGCCGAUGUUCAUGGCACCAGAGGUGGCGCGUGGGGAAGAACAAGGGUGUCCAGCAGAUAUUUGGGGAUUGGGAUGUACAAUUAUUGAAAUGGCCACUGGUGGAUCACCAUGGACUAAUGUGACAAACUCAGCUUCAUUACUUUACAAAAUUGCAUUUUCUGGGCAAUCCCCUGAAAUCCCAAAAUUUCUCUCUUUACAAGCAAGGGAUUUCUUAAGCAAAUGCUUGAUAAGAGAUCCAAGAGAAAGAUGGACAGCUAAAGAGCUCCUCAAACAUCCAUUUCUUGAAGAAUUAAAUAUGAAUUCUACUUCAACAAAUCAAAAUUUUGUGACGAGGUCGCCAACAAGCAUUCUUGAUCAAGACAUAUGGAAUUCAGUAGCGGAAUCAGAAAACAUGGAUUCUACAGUUUUACAAGAAGUUACUUCUCCUCUGCAAAGAUUAAGAGAUUUGAGUUCAAAUUCAGGAGAAUUGAAUUGGAGAUGGAAUGAUGAUCAGAUGUGGAUCACAGUUAGAAGUAGCAAUACUGAAUAACUCAUAGAACAAUGAU